AUGGAUCUUCUCGCUCCUCGCGCGUAUCAAACAUGCACCGGUGAUAAACAGUGGUAUACAUGCUCAGCUAAUGACUACGAAGGAUGCUGCUCAAUGGAUCCAUGUGACAAUGGUGUCUGUACAGAUGAUGACGAUACUGCAACUACAAAAAGCACAUCGACUUCUAAGUCUUCCACUACCACCAGUGCCUCUACAUCUCCAACAAGUCACAGUACCUCAAGUGAAGCAACAACAACAACAAAGACCACCUCGCAAGUGACUGAUCUCGCUGUUGAAAAUCAGUCGAGUGCUAUUUCUGCUGUAUCAUCAACAAGCACCUCAACCGUGGCCAGCACAACAAGCUCAAACGCCACACGUGGAGUCAUAAUCGGUGGGGUUAUCGCGGGCGUGGUAGUAGCCCUGUUGGUCAUCGGGAUACUCAUUUUCUGGUGCCGAAAACGCAAACGUCAACAACGACAGACUCUUAAUCUGGAUGAGCCUCUCCGCACCUCAGACACUCGCUAUGGUCCAUACGGCUCGAGCCCCAAAACAAAAACAAAGACUUCAUAUCCAUUGCUCGACCGCCACAACACAGGGUCAAAUAUUCCCAUAGUCAUGUCUGGCGGAUUAUCAUCACCCACUGCCAGUGGGUCAACAUUAAGUCUUCCUCACACAGCGCCUCCAGGAUUCAGGGUUCAGCCACCCUUGAGUGCUAGAAGACAGCAACACCCGCCUGAACUCCCAGAUACAGCCCUCCAACAAACCCGUGCCGAGCUAGCGCCCUACUCUCAGAAAGAACUUAUCAACUUGCCACUAGACCAGAGACAACAACACAAACAGAGAGAACCAGCUGUCUUUUCUUGGGUCGCAACACCGACAGCUGGUCUUCCCAGGCCUGACACGCCGCCUGAUAGUCCUGCCUCUGUCGUGGCGUCCUCGUUUGCAUUGCCCAGUUCAUCUUCGGUCAAGAUUCUCAGAGAUCGCCCCCCUCCGAAGCCCAGCUCUAUCGCUGCGUCUUCAGUUGCAUUGCCCAGUUCUUCUUCUGUGAACAUUGUCGGCGAAGCUCCACAGCCUAGCUCUCCUACGGCUACUAGCAUUUCUUCUCCAAGUGCGAUUUUGAAUACUCGACUUCAGUUCGACAAUACACCUCUAAGACCUAGUAACAGCUUAUCACCUCGUCAGAAUAAUCAGUACUCUAGACAUAGACAGCCAACAAAUUUCUUAAACAUGGACUCGAGCCCUUAUUCAGAACGCUCUGAUACUCGUUAUUCCCCUCAGUCGGUGGCGCAGUCUGCUUCUCCAGGACAAAGAAGAACAAAGGACAGAAAAGGGACGGAAGAUCAGACUUUCUUUGACGAUGAUUCUAUUCAUCCUAGAGAUAAGGUUCCAGCUGCUCCUAGGGAGUUGAAGGUUAAGAACAAGGUUAGAUAUUGA